UGUCUUGCCUUAGGCAAUGAAACAACAAAUAAUUUUCCAUUUUGCACAGUUAGUUUACCCAGCCAGAAUCGUACAGCAGCAUUUCUUUCCAGGGAAUUCCAAGCAGGCGGUGUGUGUGGGGACAUUCACAACGGCAUACAAACUGACAGCAUGUUCAGUUUUGCUUUGCAGUCUCCCCCCGCGCAUCGUGCCUGUUGAUUCAAAUUGUAGCCAACCAAACCGAUGGACCAAGCGACCCAACCGUACGAAGGAGUGCACUGCGACGAGUGUCACUAUUGGUUUAGCAAGCUGUACCUGUUCAAGCAGCACCACCGGAAAUGCCACAGCGAUCUCGGCGAGCUGAUCGAUCUGCCCCCCUUGCCCGCGUUUGCCAACACGGUGAAGCUGCACAAUCUCGAGGACGAGCUGUGGUUCGCUAUACUGCACACCUACGAAGGGAAAACGGUGCUGAUGCGCAUAUUUGAGGCAGAAACUCACGCCACAAUGCGAAUCGCAAAUCAGCGCGACAUGGAGCAGCAACGCAAACGGCUGGUACGGAAGGGCGCCGGGGACACCAUUACGAUCGGCGUCCUGUACGAUGUGUAUCCCGAAAUCAAUGCGGAGGAUACGCUUAGCUUUAAGGUCGUUCCGCGCAUCUACUGGGAUGUGAGCGAGGAUGGUACGAAAACACAGAUACCGUCGAUGUCGUACCCGGUCACGGGACGCUCGUGCCACCGUGGGCAGUACCCGAGAAAGUUCCUAUUCCCAGAAAAUCUCAACACGCGCCACGAACCGGCAAGCUACAUCUAUAGUGAUGUUGUACUGUGUGAGCACAAUGCACCUCCUAAUCCCUUCUACGUUGAGCUGGAACGAAUUGUAAACACACUUUAGUAUGUACAUAGUUUAGUUUUAACAAAUUCUACCCUUUUACAAAAUGCAUUGUAAGGGUACGAUUAUUAUUGUCACACCCAGGGUCGUGUUCAUUUUCAAUUGUAUUGUUUUCGUUUUGCUUUAGCUAAUGUAUAACCAAAAACGCCCCAGCUCUUAACAUACGACAAUACAAAAACACUGAACUAAACAGCCAAAAGCUUUCUGUUCUACUUCAGAAACAUGUACGCACUUGGCACAGAAUACACAAUAUUUCCCUCAGCUCCAACCAUCGGGGCAAUUUAAUUAGUUGUUUUGCGUUGGGUUUCCACUUUUUCAUGUUAGCUACCCAAAAUACCUCCAAUCAUGUUUCCACCAUUUAACUACAAAACUUUGUUGUGGUUUGCCAUUCUAUCCGCACGACCGCACGUUUAGCAGCACGAACUUUGGUUUGGCCGUUUCCUUUUUAAACACACUGCUACGGUUUCUGUUCCAUAGAAAUGGUGUGAGUUGCAAUCUAUCUUCGUUGUUACAUUUACUGCACAAAGAAGCGUGUUUCGAUUGGUCGUUAUACAUUUUAACCAAACAAUGAUAUUUAACAUGAUGGCAAUUAGGCAACCGCCUAACACCCGCUACCCAGCCCCGUUUGUCGCGUUUUGUUAGAACGCUGCUAGAUUAAGGCAUAGCUAUGGUGUACAUUAAAUUCGCGUUUGCCGAAAAAGUUUCAAAAUUUGUUGAAGGAUGUUUGAAGUCCUUCUGCAAAAUGGUGGACCAUUUGCUGUGGACAGCACACUGGUUGAUCCAAACCGUGGGAUGAUGCUUUGAUCGUCACCGUCAUCGUACUUCGAACGGCACAUCCAUUAAAGGUAUAUGUUUUUAAGCAAAUUUUGCAUGCUUCGUUCUCUUCGUGUAGGAGUUUAGCGGAGCCAACGACCAAAAACCUACAGAGCUGUGCAAUGGCGCUGUGCGUCAUGUGUUGUUUUGAAGAAGAAUGCAUUACUUUUUUUUUAUUUUGGCUGGGAAUGGGAGGAAAAAUGCUUUAAAAAUUGAAAAAAAAUCAUAAAUUACACUGUUGAAAUAUACAUGGUGGCAUGAAAUUAUAUGUGUGGCGGAUGGUUCAAGGAACUGUCGUUAAAUUGUUUGCUACUGUCGUGACAAAACGUUACAUGGAAAGCAACGAAUUCUCCCCCCAAAAAGAGAUUCCCCGGAAGAAAGAUGUAUCUUCGUGCCUUUUGAUCUCGAUGUAAUCAAAUUGAAAUGUAACCAAACAAGUUACGCACUACUGAGCUUACCACACCUAUCGUUAACCUUUUCACGCCAAUGUGUGAACCAGAGGCUGAAUGCCCUGAGGAUAGUUCCUCUUUAACACGACGCCCCCUUGUGCCAACUGGCCAUGUGGAGGAACUCCUGGAACGUUGGAGGCUAAACAAAAAAAAGAAUACACCCGUAACCUGAAACUGAUGGAGCACCACUUUCACAAGCAAAUUGAAGUCACCGGCCAUGAUGUCGUAGAACCAUCACCAGCAUAUUGGAACGGAAAAAUAGGCAGCAGUUCCAGGCAGAACGGCUUGACCAUCUCGUACCUACGGUACAUUGCGAACGGGUAUUAAUUUCCUGUUUUGGUUUUCUGUGCACCUAACACCAAUCGAACGGUAGACGGCAUCAUGUGCUGGGAUGCAGCACAGCUCUGCUUCAAAACAUCCUUAUUACCAUGUGAUUAAAUUUAAAGAUUGCCGUUCACUCAAACUGUUAUCUGCCGAUGUCGUGCCGAUGUCAUGCUACAGAGAAGAAUUCUAAUUGAAUUUGUCGGGCCAUCUUGCUCAGGGAGAAAGAAUGGAAGCAAUGGAUUGAACAAACGAACCGGCCAUGACAGCAUCUAAUGGUAUCAAAUUUCUAAGAAACUGAAUUACAUUACACAGCUGGACAGUUUUACAGUGAUAUGGAAAGUAGGGGAACAUCAGCAUUUGCAGGGGGAAACAAUAUGUUUUUUUUUACAUUUGUGCAUUGCGUCUGGUUUGCGUACUUACUGGAAAAGGGACAAAUAUUUUUCGUUUUUUUUUUUGUUGUUGUCAAACACGCGAAAGUUAAAAGGUAGCACAUAAAACAUUA